AUGCCGCUCACGAGGCCUCAAGACCCAGAAGCAGUCUUCAUCCGCGACCAAGGCGACGUAUUCAGCGCUUUAAGCCCCACACAGAUCCGACCCUUCACCAAUUACAGUAUUCAGUUCACAAGCGCCCAUCAGUUCUACCAGUGCGCGAAAGCGGCGCUCUUUGUGGACCAAGAAAGCGUCAAUGUCAUCAUGGCGUCCACAGACUCGAAGGAGCUCAAGAGGCUGGGAAGCUUGGUGAAGUCAUACGGGCAUGAUAUCUGGAGGAAGAAAUCACUUGGUGUCUGGGUGAGGGCCUUCCAACAAAUAGUCAAGACAUCGAAGAAUGCGAAAGGAUUCAGGAACCUGCUUUUGGCCACCGGAGAACGCAAGAUCACCUACGUACCUAUUAUCGACAACACAUUGGCAGUCGGUCUCUUUCACGACAUUCCCAAUCAACAGCCCGGACAUGUUUCUGAUUACAGCACGGUUGGAGAGGCGCUUGAGAAGGUCCGGUCAGCACUCGUGCGACGGUCUGAGCUCGAGGCGGCCAAGGCGCAAGAGCAAGAGCAAGAGAUGGAGCAAGAGAUGGAGCAAGAGAUGGAGCAAGAGAUGGAGCAAGAGAUGGAGCAAGAGAUGGAGCAAGAGAUGGAGCAAGAGAUGGAACAGAAGUCAGAUUCUGCAAAACAGGACAAGAACGUCUCUAGCAACAAGCGGAAGGCAGGUCCAAUGGAGCUGCGGCAAUACGAAGAGAGGGCAGACAAGAGGGCGAAGCAACAGAAUUCGGUCUCCAAGGCGACACAGACUGAAUCGCCUGCCAACACCGGACAAAUCACCGAUAAGGGACUGCCUGAAAACUGGUGGGUUCCUAAGUCAGCACGCACAAAGCGGUACGGCCGGGUAACGGAACAUAUGCGCAGAUAG